CGUGCCAAGGAUCUGGGAGCCUAUAGCGUUGGCUAAAUCAUACGUGGAGGCGGUAUCAGUUGCUGCACGAUGCAGGGAAUGUAUGCAGACCCCUCUUUCGAUGUUCGAUUUAAACGAGGCUUACUACUUAAUUUGCCCAACAACUGUCUCCUUACUAUCAUUUCGAUUUCACUCAAGUCCGGUACUCAAUUGUAUAAUUCGAGUUACACGCCAUGUCUACAGCGGAUCAAGUAAAGGAGGACUACCACAAACAUGCAGAAACAUACGGUGGCUACAACGUUCUCCCUGCAGGCGUUCUUGAGUCCCAGAUCAUCAAGAACGCCCUGGGCGAUGCUACUGGCCUCGUAAUCCUCGACCUUGGCGGCGGCUCUGGAAUACACGCACGCGAAGCCAUCGAUGCUGGAGCUCAACGAGUCGACAUCGUGGACAUCUCCCCAGAGAUGAUGAAGGUCGCCACAGAUACCGAGAAAUCACUUGGUCGCGACGGUCGCAUCCGUACAUUUGAGGGAGACGUCUCAAAGCCAAUGGACCACCUACCGCUUGAGACUUACGAUGUCGUUAUGGCCAAUUGGGUCUUUGACCAUGCGGGGACCGUUGAAGUCCUCGAGGGUAUGUGGCAAAACGUUGUCAAGUACCUCAAACCUGGAGCGAAGUUUCUGGGCAUCCAUGCAGAGGAUCCGCGGAGACCUUCUCUCAAUGGCAAAUACGGCGUCCGCAACAGCAACUUCAGAGAGAUCCCUGGGGGUAUUGCGUACACAGUGGAGAUGCUCAACGACCCGCCGUGGAAGUUUGAAGGCACGUCGCUGGAGAUUAGUUUCUCGGGGUCCUUUGAGUUGCAUGAAAAGUACGCGCUUGAGAAUGUGAGCGUCGUUCCGUACGACAACACCGAGGCCGUCAAGCAAGAUCCAGAGUUCUGGAAGCUGUUCCUGGAGCAUCCAUUCUACGCUGUCGUGCAAGGAUUCAAAAAGCCGUAGAUUACAGUGCUAGAUGGGAUGCACAUUGCUUUUGACGGAUCGAAGGCUGAACAGGCUAGGUAUAAUGUGGGUAAUCUUAGUUCGAAACUGGAUGAUCACU